ACAAUAUCUCUCGUUUUCCAUCUUUUUGUUUUUCCUUCCUUCCCAUGCGCAACGAAGAAGCUUUCAUCCUCCAAGAUUCUCUUUUCGAUUCGGAAGCUCUCAAUCUCAAUCACCAAUGGAAGCAGUUAAGACCUCCAGGUUCAUCACUGAGGUGGCUCCGGCUAAGUUUAUAUCUGCGACGAGAGAACCAUUCAAGAACAUGCUGACAACAAUCUCCGAGGAAGACUUCGACUUUGAAGAAUUAGUAAGGGCCACUGCAGAGAGACUCUCUUCUUCUUGUCCAGGCUCCUCCUCCUGGUCUCUUGCUCGUCACUACGCCAAGAUCAACAGACUCUCUUCUUCUUAAUACCAUUCUAUUGCCAUCCCAUAAUGCAUCUUUUUCUUUUUCAAUAAAGCCGAAGAAGUCUUACGUUUCUUGGCCCAAUCAACUUUGAAGAGAAUUUUUCAUCUACUUCUCGUUGCUGAGUUGUUAUCUUGCUUCACUUGUGUUUAGCUUUCUCUAAUCAUUUAUGGUUGAUCCUUUUAUGUACUACCGACCCAACCAUGAAC